GGCCCGGCAUGGUGCGGCGUCGCGGCCGAUGGCGCUGAGGCGGAGCAUGGGGCGGCCGGGGCCCCCGCCGCCGCCGCCGCCGCCGCCGCCGCCGCCGCUCGCGCUGCUGCUGGCCGCGCUGGCCGCGCUGCUGCUCCCGGGGCCGGCGGCCGCAGACCUGAAGCUCGUGGGAGCCCCAGCAAAGCUGACGGUGUCCCAGGGGCAGCCAGUGAGUCUCAACUGCAGCGUGGAGGGGAUGAAGGAGCCUGAGAUUCAGUGGAUGAAGGACGGGGCGGCGGUGCAGAAUGUGGACCAGAUGUUCAUCUCCGUCAGCGAGCAGCACUGGGUGGCCUUCCUCAGCCUGAAGUCAGUGGAGCGCUCGGACGCCGGCCGCUACUGGUGCCAGGUGGAGGAUGGGGGACAAACCAAGACUUCCCAGCCCGUGUCGCUCACAGUGGAAGGUGUGCCAUUUUUCACCGUGGAGCCCAAAGAUCUGGCAGUUCCUCCCAAUGCCCCCUUCCAGCUGUCUUGUGAGGCUGUGGGUCCCCCUGAGCCUGUCACCAUUAUCUGGUGGAGAGGGAACAUGAGAGUUGGGAAACCAGCCCCGUCUCCUUCCGUUUUAAACGUAACAGGAGUGACCCAGAGCACAGUGUUCUCCUGUGAGGCUCACAACGGGAAAGGCCUGGCCUCCUCUCGACCCGCGACUGUUCGCCUUCAAGCGCUGCCCGCGGCCCCCUUCAAUGUCACGGUGACCAAGCUCUCCAGCAACAAUGCGAGCGUGGCCUGGGUGCCAGGUGCUGAUGGCCUGUCCCUGCUCCAGUCUUGCACAGUUCAGGUGACGCAGGCCCCAGGAGACUGGGAGGUCCUGGCUGUGGUGGUUCCUGUGCCUCCUUUUACCUGUCUGCUCCGGGACCUGGCACCUGCCACCAACUACAGCCUCCGGGUGCGCUGUGCCAACGCCUUGGGCCCUUCUCCGUAUGCUGACUGGGUACCCUUUCGGACGAAGGGUCUGGCCCCAGCCAGUGCCCCCCAGAACCUCCACGCCAUCCACACUGACUCCGGCCUCAUCCUGGAGUGGGAAGAAGUGAUUCCCGAGGGAUCGUUGGAGGUCCCACUGGGGCCCUAUAAGUUGCUCUGGGUUCAGGACAAUGGAACCCAGGGUGAACUUACGGUGGAGGGGACCAUGGCCAACCUGACAGGCUGGGAUCCCCAGAAGGACCUGACAGUGCGCGUGUGCGUGGCCAAUGCGGUGGGCUGCGGGCCCUGGAGUCAGCCCCUGGUGGUCUCUUUUCAUGACCAUGCAGGCCAGCAGGCCCCUCCUCAUAGCCGCACAUCCUGGGUGCCUGUGGUCCUGGGCGUGCUGACGGCCCUGAUCACGGCUGCUGCCCUGGCCCUUAUCCUGCUCCGCAAGAGGCGCAAGGAGACACGGUUCGGACAAGCCUUUGACAGUGUCAUGGCCCGGGGCGAGCCUGCUGUCCACUUCCGGGCAGCGCGGUCCUUCAAUCGGGAGCGGCCCGAGCGCAUUGAGGCCACACUGGACAGCCUGGGCAUCAGCGACGAACUCAAGGACAAGCUGGAGGACGUGCUCAUCCCUGAGCAGCAGUUCACACUGGGCCGGAUGCUGGGCAAAGGAGAGUUUGGCUCCGUGCGGGAGGCCCAGCUGAAGCAGGAGGAUGGCUCAUUUGUGAAAGUGGCUGUGAAGAUGCUGAAAGCCGACAUCAUUGCCUCGAGUGACAUCGAAGAGUUCCUACGGGAGGCGGCAUGUAUGAAGGAGUUUGACCACCCACACGUGGCCAAGCUCGUGGGGGUGAGCCUCCGGAGCAGGGCCAAAGGCCGACUCCCCAUCCCCAUGGUCAUCCUGCCGUUCAUGAAGCACGGCGACCUGCACGCCUUCCUGCUCGCCUCCCGCAUUGGGGAGAAUCCUUUUAACCUGCCCCUGCAGACCCUGGUGCGGUUCAUGGUGGACAUUGCCUGCGGCAUGGAGUAUCUGAGCUCCCGGAACUUCAUCCACCGGGAUCUGGCAGCUCGAAACUGCAUGCUGGCUGAAGACAUGACGGUGUGUGUGGCUGACUUUGGGCUCUCCCGGAAGAUCUACAGCGGGGACUACUAUCGGCAGGGCUGUGCCUCCAAGCUGCCCGUCAAGUGGCUCGCCCUGGAGAGCCUGGCCGACAACUUGUACACGGUGCACAGUGACGUGUGGGCUUUUGGAGUGACCAUGUGGGAGAUCAUGACUCGUGGGCAGACGCCAUACGCCGGCAUCGAGAAUGCUGAGAUUUACAACUACCUCAUCAGCGGGAACCGCCUCAAACAGCCUCCUGAGUGUAUGGAGGACAUCUACGAGCUCAUGUACCAGUGCUGGGAUACAGACCCCAAGCAGCGCCCGAGCUUCACCUGCCUGCGCAUGGAGCUGGAGAGCAUCCUGGGCCACCUGUCGGUGCUCUCCAGCAGCCGGGACCCCUUGUACAUGAACCUGGAGAGGGCCGAUGAGCCUGCUGAGGGAGGCAGCUUGGAACUGCCCAGCGGAGACCAGGCCAGCGGUGGGGUGGGGGAUGGCAGUGCUCUGGGCGCCACGGGGGGCACUCCCAGUGACUAUCGCUACAUCCUCAGCCCAGGGGGCCUCCCUGAGCAGCCUGGCCAGGAGGAGCCGCCGCAGCCCCAAAGCCCCCUCAACGAGGCCCAGAGGCUCCUGCUGCAGCAGCAAGGGCUCCUGCCCCACAGCAGCUGUUAGCCCAUGGGGCCAGGGCUUCCAGGCCGUGUGCUGGCGCUGCCAUCCUUUGA